AUGUUAUCGAUGGGAUUAUUGACUGUGUGGUGUGCUGCUUGGAGUUGGAUGCACUUAGGGGCUAGCGCAGCUUCGCUUACGAGCCGCGUAGCUGAGGCUCCUCAGGAGUGCGAGUGGCAGCGAGUGUCUGGUGAUGCUAGUGAAUCCACUCGCGUUCAGCUGGCUUGCUCGCUACGGACCGCUGCCGGCGCCACAGAGUUACUUGAAGGUCUUAGUAGUUCACAGGCGCAGCGAAUUACCGUGCUGGAUCUACAUUGCACUGAUGUACUCUUUUUCGAAAGUUCUCUCGAUUUUGGUAGAAGAAAAGAAGAAGGAACUCAAUUACUAUCUCGAUUUCAUAAUUUAAGGGAACUGAGGAUAGAAUCUUGUAAGAUUCGAUAUGUGCCUUCUGCGGUAUUGUCGCCUCUUAGUGGAUUACGGACUCUUACUCUUCGAACUCACAACACAGAUUGGUCUGCGAUGUCUAUGGAAUUUCACAGAGAUUCAUUCCGUGGUUUAACUGAUUUACGUACUUUGGAUCUGGGUGAUAAUAACAUUUGGAAUCUACCACCUGAAAUAUUCUGUCUAUUAUACAAUUUGAAGGAAUUGAAUAUAACACAAAAUCGACUACAAGACAUAUCGAACUUGGGGUUCUCAGAUUGGGGCAACGGCCCAACUGCACCGGGCAAAUCAUGUAAUACUGUGUUGGAAACAUUAGAUAUGUCAUAUAAUGAAAUACGUACGCUACCUGAUAAUGGAUUGUCCAGUUUACGUGCUCUUCAGAAAUUAUUUCUACAAAACAACAGGAUAUCAUCAGUAGCGGAUCGUGCGUUUGUAGGCCUGAGUGAUAUGCAAAUUUUAAAUUUAUCGACAAAUGCUUUAACUGCUCUGCCACCCGAAAUGUUCCAGUCGUCAAGAGAUAUCAAACAAAUAUAUUUAAAUAACAAUUCACUUAGCGUACUUGCUCCAGGACUACUAGAAGGAUUAGAUCAAUUGCAAAUAUUAGAUUUAUCAGUGAAUGAGCUCACGAGUGAGUGGGUUAAUAGAGAUACUUUUUCGGGACUAGUUCGUCUAAUAGUUUUGAAUUUGUCAUACAACAGAAUAACAAAAAUAGAUACAUUGUUGUUUCAAGAUUUAAAUAACCUACAAUUUCUAAGUUUAGAACACAAUAACAUAGCACGUGUAGCGGAUGGUGCUUUUACUAAUUUGAAGAACCUUCAUUCGCUUUCGCUCGCACAUAACAACAUUAUAGAAGUAGACACCGGUCAUUUCUCUAAUCUUUACGUACUCAAUCAGUUAUUCCUUGAUGGCAAUAGAAUAACGAAGGUAGAUUUACGGUCUUUUGAAAACAUAACAAAACUUCAUGAUCUAGGUCUUAGUGGGAACCAAUUAUCGGAGGUACCGGAAGCAAUUAAAACUCUCAGAUUUUUGACAUCAUUAGAUUUGGGGAUGAAUAGAAUAACAAAAGUAUCCGUCAGUCAAUUCGAAGGCCUGGAUGAUCUGUACGGUUUACGUCUUGUUGGAAAUAAAAUUGAAAAGAUAUCCAAAGAUACAUUUGCUGCUCUACCGUCGCUACAAAUCUUAAACUUAGCUUCAAACAACAUAGAUCAAAUAGAUGAUGGAGCUUUCGCCCCAAAUCAACAGUUAAAAGCAAUUGGACUUGAUGGUAACAAACUUGUUGACUUGAAAGGCAUAUUUACAAACACCCAACCGCUUGUUUGGUUAAAUGUCUCAAACAACGAGUUACUCUGGUUUGAUUACAGUCAUAUACCGACAAAUCUCGAAUGGUUAGAUAUGCACGAGAAUAAAAUUGAGAAACUUGAAGACACCUAUGGGCUAAAGGAAUCAUGUUCCGUGAAAAUGCUCGAUGUCAGUUAUAAUAAAUUACGAAGUAUUGAUGAACUGUCCUUUCCAAGCAGCAUAGAGACCAUUGUUCUGAACAAUAACAAUAUAGAGAAAAUAAGUCCAGGGACAUUUUUACAAAAAUAUAAUUUAAAUAAAGUUAUUCUGUAUGAAAACAAAAUAAGCACGUUAGAGGUUGGCGCCUUCGCAAUAUCAACUGUGUCGGAUGAUAAAGAUUUACCAGAAUUUUAUAUAAGUGAAAAUCCAUUUGUAUGUGACUGCACAAUGGAAUGGCUUCAAACAAUUAAUCAAUUAAUUGAACCCAGGCAGCGACCGAGAGUAAUGGAUUUAGAAAGUGUAAGGUGCUCUUUAACUCAUUCUCGAACAAGAUCAGAAAUGCUAUUGCUAGAAGUAAGAUCCUCAGAAUUUUUGUGCGAGUACGAGUCGCAUUGUUUCGCAGUAUGCCAUUGUUGUGACUUUGACGCCUGUGAUUGUAAGAUGACUUGUCCUGAUAAGUGCCGGUGUUAUCACGAUCAAACAUGGACCACCACUAACGUAGUUGAUUGUUCAAAUGCUGACUACGAUCACGUACCGGAGCGAAUACCGAUGGACGCGACCGAAAUAUACUUAGAUGGAAACGACUUGAAAGAACUGGGAAAUCACGUUUUCAUAGGCAAAAAAAAGCUACAAGUUUUAUAUCUCAAUAACAGCAAUAUCAACACAAUACAAAAUAGAACAUUCAACGGGAUCGAGUCAUUGAGGAUUCUACAUUUGGAAAAAAAUAAUUUAGAAGUACUCCACAAUACUCAGUUUACGAGAUUACCCAAUUUGAAUGAACUUUAUUUAAGUAAUAAUAAAAUUAAAGUAAUUGAAAACGAUACCUUUAAUUAUCUACCUUCCUUGGAGUUCUUGGGUCUUGACAAUAACGGUUACGUUGAUUAUAUGCCAUGGCGAGUUAUAACCGACGCCGACCCUCGUACUCGCGUCUCCGUUGAUGGCAACAAUUGGAUAUGUGAUUGUAAAGACGUUAGUCAGCUGAAUCAGUGGUUGUUAAAGAAGUCCAAAGACACCGAAAGUAUGAUGUGCUACUUCGCUCAUGGACAAGCUAUGAAUAAAACUAUCGCGACGGUAGCAAAGGAAUGUAAAACAGAAAUCACUACUGAAGAGACUGGCACCGAGACAUUAAAGCGAUUAUUCAUCGAAUCCAAUGACGGUGUUGAAAAUUACAUUCCAUAUAUCGCUGCGGUGCUGAUAAUAGUUAUUAUUCUGUUGCUAAUGUGCGCUUUACUCUUCAUGUUCCGGGAAGAUUUCAAAUUGUGGAUGCAUUCGAGAUACGGUGUGAGAGUGUUUACUUCUACACCGAAAGAUAUGAACGACAACAAAAACAAGCGGUUCGAUGCUUUUUUUGUAUACAACCCACGAGACGAAGACUUCGUUACUCGUGCGGUGAGUUCCGAGUUAGAAAACAUUGGACACAUGUUGUGUUUACAACACAGAGAUCUACCGCUCUGUGAAAGACGCUCUGGUGACAGUUUAGUGAGUGCCUCUGAAAGUUCUAAAAGACUCGUGAUAGUGUUAUCUAUAACUUUCUUGCAACAAGAAUGGUACGUUGCGGAAUCAAAUGCGGCUCUGCAAAGUGCAAUUAAUUCAGUGAAUAUUAGGCAUAGACGUCAAAAGAUCAUAUUCCUUGUAACGACUGAUUUAAGUGCUAUUAGUAUUGACCCGGAUCUAAAAGUGUUACUUAAAACGUGUACAGUGAUCGUGUGGGGUGAAAGAAACUGUAUGGAAAAGCUAAAUUUUCGGUUACCGGAUGUGGACGUGACACUGCCAAAUCGGACGCUUCAUAACGCCAAUAAUUUGAAAAGUAGUAACAGGGAAGCGUUUGGUCGGCACGGUAAUUUAAGGUAUACAGCGCCGCCGACGUCUCACGAUCCGUGGUAUAAAUACGGCAUGAGUCCCCCUGGUUUGAUGAUGUCGAGUCCUAUGCAUUCGACUAGCGCAAGCGCAGAAGUUUCAGCGCGUAGUACGGAGGAUGAGACAUGUUCGGUGGCGAGUAGUGAGGGCAGGGCUGACGAUCGUUUACCUCAUCAUCACAGUUACGUUUCUAUUGACAAUCAUCAAUGUGAGGAGCGUCCCCUCAGGCCCCCUCAACAAAUUCCCAUGUCGAGUACAACACAUCCUAGAAAGACUUAUUUCGUGUAA